CAUAAUAGAGGUCCCACUCCUAAGAGGUACAGGAUACUCCAUUUCUACAGUAAUACAAUAAGAUUGAAAUUCUGCACAUUAUAUAUUACACAAAGUUGUGCAAAGCAAAAGGCAACAUUUUUGGAAACAAGGCACAACUGACCCAAGGCACUUUUGUUGUUCUAAGAUUUAGUCUUUUUUUUGUUAUCAUACUUGUGUACAACGAAAUUUCAUAAAGCAUAAUAAACUAAAAGUAUGGAUGUACAAGCAAGAUUUGUGUUCUGCUGGAUUUGCCUUCAGGUGAUCUUUAUCGGUGUACUUUCUGAUAAGUGGAAGGUAAAUGUUGCUCCUAAAAUCGAGGCACUGGUUACAUCUUGUGUUGUGAUGCCCUGCACGUUCCAAUACCCUGGCUCCCAAGUUACAAACUCAGGAGUGAGAGGAAUCUGGUACAAACAGAAUAAUCGGGAUGAUAUCAUCUAUCACGAAGAUUCAAAACGUGUUGCAGAUAACUUCAAGGGGCGCACAAGACUAAUUGGAGAUCUGGGUCAGAAAAACUGCACAUUGGAGCUACUUGAUGUUAGAGACCACGACAACGGCCCUUUCUGUUUCAGGUCUGAAGUCCUAACUAUUGACAAUUAUUCAUUUGAACAAAACUGUGUCACCAUCUCGAUGAUAUCAAAUCCCCCCCAACCAAAGCUGCAAUACAUGAAAUCCUUAGUGUUGGGACAUCCAGACAUCUUCAAGUGUUUCAUCAGGCACACCUGUCCCUCCCACCCCCCCAGCCUGACCUGGAGCCAUCUAAACAAACUAGCUCAUGUCCAUCACAAGGUCCUGCACGAGGGCAUAUGGGAGGUGGAGUCUAUCUUGGCUUUCAUUCCAACAGAGCAGGACGAUCACAGAGAUAUCACCUGCAAAGUUGAUUUCUACGGUCACAAGACAACGAGCGUUACAGAGCAGAUAUACAUUAAAAAAGAAUCAGAUAAAAAGGUCUUUUACAUCGUGUCUGCUGCUGUGGUAGGAACCUCCAUUUUAUUUGGAGUGGCGUGUUUCUUCAUGGCCAAGAAAUAUAAGCAGCAGAUCCAAGAGCUCCACUCAAGAAAUGAGAAUGGACUUUGGAGUCGCAUGUCCAGAAUGUCCCAAAGGUUCAGAAGCCGUUAUAGGCGAGACACAGACAUGCACAUUGACAAUCGUGCAUCACAGUGAACAAAAGGACUACAGCAAAUCUGGAGGAGGAUGUGUAGAUGACAAUGACAAAAACAAGGAUUGCUACAUAUCUGGGAAUUACUGAAGAUCAAAUUACCACUGUGUUGCUUCUAAUUUCUUUUUAUUUUCAUAAAAUUAUUGACUGAUUAUGAAGCUACAUUAGUUACACAAGAAUGUAGCAUGAAUUAGGUAAUGUCUAGAUAAUGGUAGCAUUUAAAAGUGCUCAUUGCUCAAAAAUAAAUGUAACUAACUGAUUUAUGUACCUUUCCAUAACAUAUUGACUUUUUUUUUAGACUUUUAUCCACUUCCUUUAUCUGAAAAUUAAAAAGCAUCUAAUUUGCUCACACAUACAUUCUAGGUUAGAAACAUACCUAGAUACAUACCAAAACAAUGUAUUUAUAUAUCAGUGUUUACCAUAUACACUACAUAACUGAAUAGCCAGCCUGGGGAAAGGGUCAUGGACAUCAAAGAAAAGAAAUAAUCAUCAAAACUCCUAUUCCCUGAGAGAAUAAACACUUGUCCUACCUAACUCAAAUCCAAACAGAGCAA